AUGGCACCACCAGGACCCCCCACCAUCCAGACGGCAUUCCUUUCCGUCAAGCCCUUUGAGCCUGUCAUGGUCUUCAACUCUGCCGAUGAGGCUUUCUGGUUCCAGGACAAGGUCCGACAGGGUCGUGUAUUACCUGACCAUAGUCAAAAAUGGGUAUACCUUCCUAUGCCGGAGGGUUUACUGAGAGUGCGGACGGCAAAAGAUGGGGACAUCGCCUUCGAUUUUGAUAGCUCUUCCCACGCAGACAAAUUCAAUGAGAGCAUCAAGAAGCUCGGCAGAGUAUUCCAGAGGACGCACGACAAGCCGAAGUGGGACUGUACAGUAUAUAUCGGGAAGACUUCAAAAUGA